AUAAAAGGGAAGAUUACGGAUUAACCAGGGGGAAAGAAACGGUGGACCGGAUGGCCAUGAUGUGGCUACGCUUUUCGCUUCUCGUUUUGGGGGUUUUCUCGCUCUGCUGCUCUACGGCCGGCGACAGCAGCGGCAUCAAGAAGAUGAAGAUGCAGUUUGCUACCGGACCCCUGCUAAAAUUUCAGAUCUGCAUAUCCUGAGGGUACAAGCGGGUGUUUGAGGAGUACACGCAGGCCUUGUACCAGCGGUACCCAGACAUCCGCAUCGAAGGGGAGAACUACCUUCCUGUACCCAUCUAUCGACACAUUGCUUCCUUCCUGUCUAUGUUCAAACUACUGGUGAUCGGGCUGAUUAUAAUCGGCAGGGAUCCAUUCGCCCUCUUUGGUAUUCAAGCCCCAGGAAUCUGGGAGUGGGGUCAGCAAAAUAAGAUAUAUGCCUGCAUGAUGGUGUUCUUCUUCAGCAAUAUGAUUGAAAACCAGAUGAUGUCAACAGGAGCGUUUGAAAUCACAUUUAACGAUGUACCAGUUUGGUCCAAACUGGAAUCUGGUCACCUGCCCUCCAUGCAACAACUUGUGCAAAUCCUGGACAACGAGAUGAAGAUGAACGUUCAAAUGAACACAAGAACGCAACACCACUCCUAACCCUACUUUUCUAGUCCUGGCUGGAGCUAAAAGCCCCUCCUUGUUUGAGGUGGGCUUCUCUCUGGGCCGUGAAGUGAUGUUUAUGAAGGUCUGCGCUGAAGGCAGGAAGACUGCUGGCACAGACUGGACGCCCCCAUCACUCUUCACCAUGCUCUGUAGAGACGUCCUGCCCCUGACGCCAGAGUGGGAUCGGUGGCAACAGUUUAGGCCGUUCGGUUAUGUUCUUGUUCUAUCCAUACUACUGCAGAUUUCAUCCAGGCGAAUAGUGGUCCACUAAGAGCAGAUCUAACAUUGAUUAUUGUAGUCUUUUAACUUGUUGCAUACAAUUGACCUUAACGAAUUAAUAAAUGUUAUUUGUACCAAUGAGCCAUAUGUAGAAUUCUAAGUGUUCCAUGCAGACAACUAGUUAACAGUGUAGAAAAUACACCAGUUAAGAUCUGUAAUUAUUGUUGUGAAAAUGCCAUUCAAACCAUGUCUUGGAAAGAUUUCUGAAUAAUUUUUAUAUUUACAUACGUUGGAACAAGUGAGUGAGAUUAAUAAAACAUGGUAAUGA